UUGCCCCGGAGGCGCCAGGGAUGAAACGCCCUUUUUUUGUGUGCCGCCGCCGCGGAAGGCCGGCGUCCCCCACCACUCCGGCUUCCUCGCCGCCGGCCAAGCUCGUCGCCCCUCGACCCCUCGGAAUCGCCUGAGGUGGUCUCCUAGCGAGAAUGUCGACCACCACCAGCACCCUGAGGAUGAAGCUCCUUAUCGACACCAAGGCAAACCGCGUGGUGUUCGCGGAGGCAGAUAAGGACGCCGUCGACUUCCUCUUCUCCCUUCUCGCGCUGCCAGUGGCCACGAUCGUCGAGAUGCUCGGCAAGGGCUCCAUGCCCGGAAGCUUCGGCAACCUCUACGGGAGCGUGGAGAAGCUCGACGACAGCUACGUCCUGCCCGGUGCCGAGAAGAAAACUGUCCUCCAGCCUGCGGUCGUGCCUUCGGCCGCGAGCACCAGCCGCAGCUCCCUCCUGCUGGCGCCGUCGUCCGGGCGGCCACGGAGCUUCUUCAGAUGCGGGAACAGCCUCAUAUACAGCAGCUGCUUCAGCUACGUGACGGACACGAGGGACACGAGGUGUCCGAGCUGCAGCAGCAAGAUGAACUCUGCACUCAAGUUUGUAGCUCCAGUAGCCGGCGGAUCCGGGCACGACGUGCAGAAGGCCUCGUCCUCCACCUCCGCGGGAGCAGCCAAAGGGCUCGUCAAGGAGGCGGUGACAUACACGGUGAGGGACGACCUCACCGUGGCCCCCAUGUCCACCAUCUCCACCAUCACCCUGCUCAACACCGCCGGGGUCACCAACUUCGCCGCGCUCUUGGAGAAGACCGUGCGGCUUGGCUACGCCGAGGGUCUGGCGAUUGUCAAGGCCUCGCUGCAGUCCAAGACCGUCCUCACCGACGUCUUCCUCGGCAACAAGCGUCCCCGCGGCUGUGCUUGAAGCUGAAUCUCUCUAGCUCGCCGGUCAGUGCGCGGCUGAGCAGCUCAAGCGUAUUUUGUGACAACCCGUUAGGCUCCUGUGUGAGUUCUGGAUCGACUCUCCUGGGACCUAACCUGGUAGUAUACUAGUAUUAGGUUGUGUUGGCAACCCAGGCUUAUGGUUGACCAUGUAUGGGUCUCUUUUGUUGCGGCUCAAACUCUUGGGUUAGUGUGUUAUAGGUUAGGUUAGAGCUCUGGCGAUGUCCUUGGUUUGGACCGGAUGUGCCACUCGCGAUCAGGCAAUGCGUUGUAUGCAGUCGUCGUUUGGUU